ACCCACCCUCCCUGUACUCCUGGCUGUGAAACCUGAACCUGGGGCCAUAUUUAGCCUGACUCAGGGGGAUCAGUGAGGGACUGAGGGGCAGAUGGACAGAUGGGAGGACAGGAGGCCACUGCAGAGGAUCUGUGUGAACCUGAGACGUCCUGCUGCUGAUCAGCCGCUCUCUCUCUCCCUCUCCCUCUCUCUCUCUUCCUCUCUCAGUCUUCUUCUGGACUCUGAUAAAUUAAUAACAGUCGUCCUGGUCUGUUUAUUUCAGCUCAGUCAAUCUCCGUGGAGAAACCUGGACGCAGCAGAGCCCGGAGGACGUGUUGGGGCCCACAGACCAGGUUAAGGAUGCAGGACGGGAGUUGGAAUCAGCCACUCCCCUUCUCUCUGCUGCUGAAGUCCUCGGCGGCAGCAGGUGGGACCGUGGAGAGAGAUGGAGGGGUGUUUUCCGAGGCCUCCUCUGACGGAGAACUCUACCUGGACUCUGCAACAGAGCUGGAUUCUGGAGACGGAGACUUUGCAGAUCUCACUGCCUUUCUAAGUGCAGAUGAAAUCAAUCGUAGUCUGGACCUGGCCCGGGAGGCCUUUGAUGACACUACUGAUGAUCUGGGAGAUUGUAAGGGUGCAGCGACCCAGGAGCAGGUUCUCCAACCAAGCCCUUUAGUUCCAGUGAAGACCCAGGGCAGUGAAAACCUCCAGAACAAAUCCAAUCAUGCAGAUGAUACAGUUAAAUUCUCCUGCAGUCAGAACACUUCGAACCUCAGGCGAAAAGCUGCUCAGGUCUUUGGUGAAGCUCCACCCCCCACUGAGAACAUGGUCUGCCACAAACCUGUCCGUCCCAUCUACAAACAGGACAAACCCAGACUGAUCCACACGGGUCUGGAGCUGAACGACAGAGUAGCCUCCGCCACGGAGUUCUGCAGUCGUGCAGCCACCUUCAUCGAGGAGCUGUCCUCCAUUUUCAGAGGUUCGGCUCAUGUGGAGCAGCAGGUGGAGGAGGACUCCUCCUCUCCAGACAGUGGAUAUCUCUCUCCCCGGAGCCAGCGGCCGGCCCCGCAAGGCUCUGCCUCGGCUUCCAGUCAACAGGAGCAGGUGGAUCCUGGUCCUCAGCCUGGUCCACCACCAGUAACAGCAGCAGUCACAGCCACGUGUCAGAACUCGGGUGGUGCAGCCACAGCUGGAGCCUUGUCUCCACCACAGUUCCUCCAGAAGCUGAAGAGUCAGGAGGUAGCAGAAGGAAGUCCAAUUCGUUUGGAAUGUCGUGUCACAGGAAAUCCACAACCCCUUGUCAGGUGGUUCUGUGAAGGUCGUGAGCUCCACAACAGUCCUGACAUCCAGAUCUGGAGAGACGGAGACCUCCACACCCUCGUCAUCGCUGAGGCCUUUGAGGACGAUACUGGACGAUACACCUGUGUGGCCUCCAACAGUCUGGGAGCCGACAACACGUCUGCUGAGGUCUACAUUGAAGGUCCGGCAUCACUGACGUCGUGUGUCUGUGGUUUGGUCUUUCUGUGUCUGUACUGUCAGUCAGAACCAGCUGUGCUUCUGUCUGUGUUCCCCGCUGCAGGAGCCUCGUCCUCCGACUCUGAAGGAGAAGGAUCAGUGUCAAAGUCCAGAUCAGGAUCAGAAGCCAUGUCUCAGGUUCAGAAAAAAACCACCUCCAUGUCUUUAACAAUACGAUCGUCCUCACCUAAGACUCCAGAGAGCCUCCCUCAUCGAUCCACCCUGGUCCAGGCCCUGUCUCAGCCCACACAGAGGGUUCAGAGUCCUGUGUCUUCACUGAUCAGCUAUGACACAUCAGGACCCCCAAUAUUUACCAAGCAUCUGCAGGAUGCUCAGGCCUCUGAGGGUCAGGUGGUGGUCUUGGAGUGUAGGGUCCGUGGAAGUCCUCCACUCCAGGUCAAGUGGUACCGACAGGGAGAGGAGAUCCUGGACUCUCCAGACUUUCGCAUUCUCCAGAAAAAACCUCGGUCUGCAGCAGAACCAGAGGAGAUCUGUACGCUGGUCAUCGCUGAGGCCUUCCCUGAAGAUGGAGGUCUGUUCUGCUGCACCGCUUCAAACCCCUAUGGUUCCAUCAACAGUUCUGCCCAGCUCACUGUUACUGCAGUGUCCGAGGACUGGUCCAGUAACGGCGUCUCUGUCUCUGGGGAAAGUUCUGGGUGUGAAGACUCAGCAUCUUUCCCACCUCCUCCUCCACCCACAGAGCUCCCCCUCCUGGAGCUGUCCCCCAAAACUCUCCCUCCUUCUCCACCUCCUCCUGCAGCUGCUGCUCCUGAGAACCUUCAUGUAAAGGAGUUGGAAAUCUGGCCCAGUGUGUCUGCUUCAGCUGGGGUCCAGGUGGGCUCAGAGGGGGACCAGACCAAAGAACUGGUCCAGAAGGGACAGUCCUCCAAUCAGCCAUCGCCUCCUCCACCUCCACCGCCUCCCCCAGUGACACUACAGGCUGAUCCUGCAGCAGAAACCCAGGCCCAGAGUCAAGCAGUUCAGGACUCACCUCCAGGCUCAGGGAGACCUUCUCCAUCUCCAGCCAAAGAUGGUCCUCCGCUGCCCACCAAACCUAAACCGAAGCUGAACCUUUCUCAGCUAAAGCAGCUUCAGGACCAGAUUCUAUUGGAGCAGCAGCAGAGUCAGGAGGCUCCACCCACUUUACCACAGCAGCCAGCACCUCAAGAGGCUCCUCCCACUGCUCCUCCAUCUCCUCCUCUUCCUCCUCCUCCCUCCUUCCAGGAGCUAGAGAAUAGCAGCGCCACCAUGCAGGCCAGCACCUUCAACUACGCCCGACCCAAACAAUUCAUUGCCGCACAAAGCCCAGACAGAGGGGGUGUGGCCUAUGUCACACACUCAUCAGGCUCUUCUGCAUCCUCACCUCUGUCCCCGCCUACCUCCCACAAACCUUUCAGUAGGGUGACGGCGCCACCUGUCACGAAGUCCAGCAGUGCAGAGUCCCCCAGCUCUCCAUCCUUCCCUCCACCGCCUCCACCCUUCCUCAGCUCCAGUAAUCUGCCUUCACCAUCAGGCUCUGCCCAGGACUUUCCUCCCCCCCCUCCACCUCCUCCUCCACCUCCACCUCCACCUGUCUCCAUGUCUCCUGCUCUGUCAGACGUGUCUUCACCUUUCUCGUCCGUCCCUCCAUCUCCAGCCUCCAGCUUCCUGUCCUCUGUGCUGCCGUCCGCAGCAGGAAGUCCCAUCGUCAACGCUCUGGGUCUGCCCAAGGGCAACGGCACUGUUAAAGCAUUUCCCAGAAAAUCGUCAGGCUCUAAAACUCCACGCGUUGUCUCAGACUCCGACAUCCAGGGAUCCAAGGACGCAGUGAUCCAGGACCUGGAGAGAAAACUAAGGUUUAAAGAGGAGAGAGUCAGCAACGGUCAGCAGAGAUUAACCUAUGAGGAGAAGAUGGCGCGGCGUCUGUUGGGCGCCGACAACGCAGCCACUGUCUUAAACACGCAGGAGAUGGAGGAGGAGACGCAUACACAGGAAAAAGAAAAGUCGUCUGAUGAUAAAGACUCUCUCCCUCAAAAGGAAUACAAAGUGUCCAGUUUCGAGCAGCGACUCAUCAGUGAGAUUGAGUUCCGUCUGGAACGUUCUCCAGUGGAGGAGUCUGAUGAUGACGUGGAGCAUGACGAGGACUCUGUCGGCCAGGGGGUGGCGCCAUCCUUUGACCAGAAACUGAAGCACUACAAAGUGUUUGAAGGCAUGCCCGUGACCUUCUCCUGUAAGGUCUCUGGAGACCCCAAACCAAAGGUUUAUUGGUUUAAAGACGGUAAACAGAUUUCUAAGAGGAGCGAACACUACAGGAUCAGCCGUGACGCUGACGGAACAUGUUCUCUGCACACUGCUGCCGCCUCGCUGGAUGACGACGGCAACUACACCAUCAUGGCAGGAAACCCAGAGGGUCGUGUCAGCUGCACCGGCAGGAUGAUGGUCCAGGCUGUGAACCAGAGAGGACGCAGCCAGAGGUCAACACCUGGUCACAUGAGGAGACCCAGGUCCAGGUCCAGAGACAGUGGUGACGAGAACGACAACAUCCAGGAACGUCAUUUUCGCCCCCACUUCCUGCAGGCCCCCGGUGACCUCAUCGUCCAGGAAGGAAGAUUGUGUCGAAUGGACUGUAAGGUGAGUGGGCUGCCGACCCCCGACCUCAUCUGGCAGCUGAACGGUCAGACCAUCCGCCCUGACUCCUCCCACAAGAUGCUGGUGAGAGAGAACGGCGUCCACUCAUUGGUCAUCGAGCCGGUGACGAGUCGUGACGCAGGGAUCUACACCUGCAUCGCCAGCAACCGAGCAGGACAGAACUCAUUCAACCUGGAACUGAUCGUGGCAGCUAAGGAAAUGCACAAGGUUCCGUCGUUCGUGGAGAAGCUGCAGAACACCAUCGUGGCCGAGGGUCAUCCCGUCAGACUGGAAUGUCGAGUCAGUGGCGUUCCGUAUCCUCAGAUCUUCUGGAAGAGAGAGAACGAGUCGUUCACUCACAACACUGACAGGAUCAGCAUGCACCAGGACAACUGUGGUUACCUGUGUAUGAUUAUCCAGCCGGCCAUGAAGGAAGACGCCGGCUGGUACACAGUGUCGGCCAAGAAUGAGGCAGGAAUCGUGUCCAGCACAGCACGACUAGACGUUCACACUCAGUGGCAGCAGCCAAACGUCCCCAGGCCUAAGAAGGUCCGUCCGUCCACCAGCCGCUACGCUGCGUUGACAGAGCGAGGCCUGGAUGUGAAGGCCGCCUUCUUCCCCGACUACAGCCCACUGCCACCUGGUGGCCUGGUGGAGAGUGAUGAUCUGUAGAACUGAUGAUGACCCCGAGGACGCAGGCUCUGAAGGGAACCUGCUGGUUGAUGAUGUCAUCACAGUCACGUUCUCGUCAUUGAUCAUGACAGUGUUCUUCCUCUGGGUUUGUUGGUCUGUGGGGACGAGACCUGGAGAACCACCGCUGUUUUAACUUCUUCUCUAAUGAACUGUUGGAGCACCCCCUGCUGAUGUGCCUCAGAAACAAAAAUAUUUUUUAAAAUGCUAAGAUAAAAAAUGAUACCUGCAUGAAAACGUGGUGUCACAACAGAACACAGAGUGAACGCCACUUUGACAAAGGAGACGCAGCUCAGUGCUGACACCUACAGUCCAGUGCUGUCAGGACAAGGCCGGACCUUUCACACAAAUACAGAUGUUUAUUUUUUACUGAAAUAAAGAAAGUGUUCAGAGAAAAAAGAGAGAGAGAGUGGAGAGAUGGACGGUACAAGUAGGUUUGGGUGAGGACAAGUGUGGAGGUGACGCAGGUGAAGGUGAAGGGUUCUCCUUGGUUGGUGUGUGUUUAAACAGUAGGUUGAAAUAUUCACUGUAAUGAUGCACACACACACACACACACACACGCUUUGACUUUUUUCGGCUACAACCACAGAGUUCACGUGACCACGCCCACCACAGCUCCUGACAGAAGACUGAUAGGAGUCAGCUGAUUGGACAACAAUGAUGACAGACUUGGAGGAAACCUGAGGUCAAUUCUUGGGUGUGGGUGAGGGUGAGGGUGUGGGUGUGGGUGAGGGUGAGGGUGCAGCAGUGACAGAUCACCAGAUGUCUCCUCAAAAAGUCUUUUUUAUUUGUUCCUGUUCCAGUUUUAUAAUAGUUCUGUCCUGAUGUCACUGUUGGUGCUGACGUUCUGACUCUCUGUUCUGCCUGUUCUUAUUGUUUGGUUGUUUUCUUUCUGUGGUGCCAAAGAACUGUCUAAAGGAACCGACGGACUGAAACCAGAUCCUUGUUUUUUUUUCCUGUUGAAGAAAAGUAACAUAUAUUUAUACCUGGCCUGUUAUGUCUUUACAGUGUGACACAGCACCAUCUGCUGAUUGUUUUCUGUGCUUGCACAUUUCUUGGCCAAUCACCAUCUGUACAUGAAACUGUUUCCUGAUGUUAUUUUAGGUUUUAUUAAAGUAAAUAAAUGUUCAGAACCAA